AUGUCGUCAGCCAAAAAUAGCGAUACUUCCAGUAAUCACAUAGGCCAUAUACCUGUUGAUCUCUUGUAUACAAUGAAUGACCCUAAACCAGUUCGCCACGAGAUUCUAGAGUCAACUGAGCCAUUGACUACAAAAGAUCUGGAAAAUUGGGAUAUCGACAUCGAUCGCCAUCGUGAACCUGUCGGUUGGUCUGACAAGAUUGCUUUUGCAACAGUGAAACUGUUAAGGAAACCAACCGAUUGGUUUUUCAAAAAAAAGUAUAUACAUCGAGCAGUUAUGUUGGAGACGGUUGCUGCUGUUCCUGGAUUGGUUGCUGCCACAGUUCGUCAUCUACGAUCACUAAGGAAAUUGAAGCACGAUGGUGGAUGGAUUGACCAUUUGCUCCAUGAAGCAGAAAAUGAAAGAAUGCAUUUGAUGACGUGGAUGGCAAUAUCUCAGCCUAAAUUAUGGGAGCGCACCUUGAUUGCUGUUGUUCAAGGGGUGUUUUACAAUUGUUUCUUCGCGCUGUAUUUGGCUAGUCCGAGGACAGCUCAUCGAAUGGUCGGUUAUCUUGAAGAAGAAGCUAUCGUCAGCUACACUUCUUUUUUGAACGAAAUCGACAAUGGCCAUAUCGAAAACACGAACAAGAUACCAGACCUUGCUAUCGAUUACUGGAAUUUGGAUCGCAAUACAGCCACGUUACGAGAUGUCGUGUUGGCUGUUCGUGCCGAUGAAGCAACUCAUCGUGAUACUAAUCAUCACUUUGCGGAUAGACUUUUGUUCCGUCAAGAGGAUUUGCGGAAGGAUGCUAAGCAAGUGUUUAAGGGAACGGAGUUGAGUAAGAAAACGCGUAAAAUGGCCGGAUUGAGCCAUGCAGCAACUGAAAAAUGGAAGGAAUGA